AUGGGUCAGAUGAAGGUGGAAAGUGUCUGUCUCCCUGUGGGAAGCACUGUUCUCAGACCUGCUACCAGUCACCUGAUGGACCUCAGCAACAGAGUCUCCUGCACAGACAUCGAUGAGUGCAAAGAGCAUGAGCCAUGCAGUCAGACCUGUGUCAAUACAAACGGCACCUACAGCUGUACCUGCCACCCAGGCUACCUGCUGGAACCAGAUGCCCACACAUGUAAAGUGACUGGAUCAGAGCCUACAUUGCUGGUAGCAAUCCAGUCUGAGCUAUUGCUGUAUGGGCUGAGGAGUCUGAAAGAGGAUGUCCUGACGACAACCGACAAGAACCUGAUCAUCUUCUCUAUUGACUACGACUUGGUGGAGCAGAAGGUCUUUUGGAUGGAUCUCAAUGCAGAAAGUAUCAAGUGGAUAACCAUGAACACAAAGAAGAAAGGAACGCUUGUAAAAGGCAUCAGGUCUGACUGCAUUGCAGUAGACUGGAUUGGGAGGAAUCUCUACUGGACAGAUGGGACAGCAGGAGAGCUGCUGGCCACUUGGCUGAAUGCCACUUGGCGAGGCAACCCAGAGUACACCGUGGUUCUGGAUGGAGACUUAGAUCAGCCUCACUCACUGGCUCUGCAACCACUGCAAGGCUUAAUGUACUGGUCUGAAAUAGGGGACAAACCUCAAAUAGAGCAAGCUGGCAUGGAUGGGAGCAACAGGAAAAUCCUCAUUGAUGAAGGGCUGGGCUGGCCAACUGGCAUAGCUCUCGACCUCUUGAGCUGGAAAAUCUUCUGGUCCGAUGACAAGCUUCACUGCAUUGGCUCUGCCAACCUGGAUGGCACUGGCAUAAAGGUGUUCCAGCUGAGCCAGAUAAAGAGCCCUUUCUCAGUAGCCGUAUUUGAAGAUGAUGCCUACUGGUCUGAGAUGAAAACCAGGACUGUGCAGAAAGUGGACAAAAGGACUGGCAAGAACAGGACUGUGCUGAUCAAGCGUCAUGGACAGCCCUAUGGCCUGAAGACUCUAACCGACAGCUUACUAGAAUGA